AUGUCAUCUACGAAAACCUCAAGAAUAGGAGAAGAAAUAUGGAAAACAAGAGUCGAUAAAGUCAAUGCGGAGCUGGUUACAUUAACCUACGGAACAAUUGUCGCACAAUUAUGUCAAGACUACGAUAGCAACUACCAGGAUGUCAACAAACAGUUAGACAAGAUGGGAUACAAUAUCGGAAUGCGACUCAUUGAAGACUUCCUGGCCAAGUCAGGUGUCGGGCGAUGCGCCAAUUUCCGGGAGACAGCUGAUAUGAUUGCGAAGGUGAGAGUUACUUUAUAUGGAUAUAGUAACGUUAUGAUGGCUGACACUUCCGAUCAGGUUGGCUUCAAGAUCUUUUUGAACGUCACACCUACAGUCACAAACUGGACGAGUGACAACACCCAAUUCUCUCUUAUCUUUGAAGACAACCCGUUGGCAGACUUUGUGGAACUUCCCGAUGAUGGACGAGCUCAGGACGAACUAUGGUUCUCCAAUAUUCUGUGUGGCGUCCUUCGAGGGUCCCUGGAGAUGGUUCAAAUGCAGAUCGAGGCACACUUUGUCAGUGAUGUGCUGCGUGGAGAUGAUACCACGGAGAUGAGGGUCUCCCUUGUACGAUACAUUGAGGAUGAGAUGCCACCUGAGGAAGAGUAA